UGUCCCGGUUUGACACAAAGUCCCGAGUGCCUCACACGGUACCGGCGCAGGGCGGGCAGCGCCUCGUGGCCUGAGGUGCCGUACUGUGCAGCUGGAUGUGUGGAAGAAGCUGACCUCGCUCCCCGUGACAUUGUUCUGGCACUGUAAGGAAAUUGUCGGUCUCGCUGCGGUGCUCUGGCUCUCUGGAUGCCCCAGCACAUUCCCAAGUGGCAUGGCCACUGCUAAAAUGCCUCUGAAGAGUCAGUGAAGAAAUCCUGAAAAGCUAGUGUCAUUAUGGCAGGUUGGAAGUGAUGGACAAAUGAGAGAAGAAUCCAAUGAAACAUGAUGUACACCACUUGCAAAUGAGAAGGAGAAAAGAAGUUCGACAUGAGUCUACUACGAACCAGUGAAGACAUGAAGGGACAGAACAUACCAACUCUUACGAUCUAUUUAUUUUACAUCAGUGCUACACUUUGGGGUUUUACAGAACAGGAAGAAGUUACAGGCCUGUUUUCUGAGGAUUGCAUCCUUCCUUGUUCUUUCCCACGGGGGCAUGAUGUUGUAAUUCACUGGAGUAAAGGGGGAAAAACUGUGCACUCCUACUACCACCAGAAGGAUCAGCUGGCAGAUAGCUCGGAAUACAUUAACAGAACACAGCUUUUCCAUGAGAACAUCACUAGUGGAAAUGCCUCCUUGAAAAUUUGUAACCUGACUGUGACUGAUGAGGGCACUUAUGAAUGUUAUGUGGGAACAAACGAAACUCGUACAAACUGGAACAUCACACUACAUGUAAAAGUUUCCUCUUAUUAUGCACUGGAAUACGAAAAGACAGACACAGAAAGGAAACUGAAGUGUUAUGCCUUUCUCACUUAUCCAGCACCAAAUAUAUCUUGGGUACAAGGCAACGUAUCCAUCCAAGAAAUAGAUCGUGAGGAAACCAGGGAUGGAGUUCUCUAUUCUCUUAGAAGUGACCAGAACAUUAUAAACACAAGAGCAGAUCCUUACUACUGUCAUAUUCAUGUCCAUCGUUUAAACUGGAUUGCUGAAUGGAAGAUGCAAGACCAACUGUCUAAUACAGAAGGAAGUGACACCGUAAUUCCUUGUGAAUACAGCAGUAACACUGCAAACACUGAAGGUGUCUAUGUUGUUUGGAAACUGAACAGAAAUUCAGUGACUUCAGUCGUGGCCUCCUUCAAUGGUACAUCCCACUCUUACCAGCCUCGAGCCCAGAUAAACAGAAGUGACUUUUCACUGAUCCUGCGCCAUCUUACUGCAGCUGACAGUGGAGAAUAUCUGUGUAAUAUUUCAACACCUCACUACACAAAAGUUAUUGUGACAACUUUGCAAGUUGAAAUGCAGAAGGACAGGAAUCCUGUGAGCACCAUAAGGUACCAGAAGAAAAUGCUUCUCUGCGCACAGGUGCAAUUGAAAUUGUUGAUGAACAGAGUUCCUUCACCUUCCCCUUUCAGUUACAGCAAGAGAGCCACAUGGAAAUGUGAUUCUCUGAGCAACAGUAACAAACAAAGGAAGUGAUAGGAGGAAAAAAAAAGUCAAUUGACACUUGUAUUCAAGAAGCUGGCAUGAAAGAUUGGAACUUGGGUUUCCCGAAGGAACAAAGAAUUUUCCACAGAAGAAGAAAUCUCUAAGUUUUGAGGGAUUUUUUUUCAGUGUUAGGGAAAGAGAAGGCUUACUGUUUUUCAUUUCAUUUAGUAUUUGUCCUGGGUUACACAAAGACUCUGGUAUCCACCUUCUCUCUUUUCUCCAAAUAUGCCUACUAAUUUAGACUGUGGGGAGGGACUUAAGAUAAGAAGAAUGUAUCCACAAUUGUGAAAAGACUGGAAUGCUGAUGACUCAGACAAUCCAGGUGUGCACACCUGCCACCUCAGGCUACAGAGCUGGAUGUUUCUUUGUCCUCACACAAAGGA